AUAUUCAUCAUGGCGGGACAGAUGAUUGGUUCCAUACCAGAGUUUAACGGCGAGUAUGACGAUUGGAACGUGUACUACGAGCGAUUGGAGCAGUUCUUCGAAGUGAACGAUGUGCCGCCCGAAAAGCGCAGUGCCUUCCUGAUCAGUUGCAUCGGCAGCUACUCGUACCGAAAUUUACGCGAUCUGUGUCACCCGGUGCUGCCCAAGAAUCGCCCAUUCGAGGAGCUGUGUGAGCUGCUACGCAAACAGUUCAGUCCUCAGGUGGCCAUUUUCCGCGAGCGGACACACUUCUACAACGCCACCCAGAACCCGGACGAGAACGUGACGCAAUGGUACGGCCGGCUGAAGAAGCUGUCCGUGGAUUGUAAGUUCGGUUCCAACCUGGAAGCGAUUUUGCUGGACAAAUUCAUCACCGGACUCCGGCCGGGACAGGUUUUAGAUCGGUUGUGUGAAGAGAAUGAAACGCUGCAGCUGGAACAGGCGCUUGACAUUGCGAUCAACAAGGAGUGUGCCGUACGGGAAUCGGCCUACAUCAAUCCGGCCCCUGCUCACCCUGCAGUGGUAAGCGGUGGAAACUGUUGCAAGUGUGCUUGCGGCGGUAGAAAUGACGCACCGAGUGAGGAUGGUUCGCAGAAGAAGGGACGAACACGGAACCGAAGACGAGGAAAGAAUGCAGCCAAACGUAAUGCGGAUGACCACGAAGAUGAGGGUGGGGACUAGA